GCAACAGGCAGCAACAGCCCAUACCAGAUCGCUGCCGUAUCUGCCGCCGUCGCAGCUGCCGUCGCUUGGGAAGUCGAUAGAUGGAUCGAUUCGCAGUGGACGAGCUCGACUUUGAGUCCGUAGAGCCAUGUCGUCCAAGUUCAUUUGAUGGGACGAGUUCGUUCAAGUUUGACGUCGGGAUUCGUGCGCGUCAAGCGCUCGAGGGCAUUCACCUGCGUCCACCACCGACUGUGAACAAGGACCCGAGGCUGAUGGACUGGAAGUUUCUUAAGAAAGUGAAAGAUGUCAAGGUCCACCGUGUCGACGAGUACACCCACAAUAUGCAGGCCACUCGUUUGAGUUUUCGGCUGUCGUGCGAGGUCAAGGCUACGCUCGAGUCGAUUGUCAACGUCCUGGCGCCAACAACGACCCAUGAAUACAUGCGCGUGGAAAAAAGAGUCUUCCCAAAGCUCCUCCAAUGCGCUGUCUUGCAACAAGGUUCAGAAAACAGUCACAACAUCGACCCGACGGACUUUGUUGCGUCGUUUCCACGGCAUUGUAUCAAGUGGCAUGGCAGUCACUUGCUCACAAGCCGGCUCACGGGACGACUCGGCACGCCCAACGACUUUGUCUUUGAGGAGUAUGUCGAAUACGAAACGUGGCACGGACGGCCGCGCUGUUUUGGAUACAUGCAGAGUGUCGAUUCCGCCGAGGACGAGCUGAAGAAGCUCUUUCCUGUCAAGUGCAAGCGCGGGGCGAUCCGUAAAGGCGCUUUCCUGGUCGCCCCCGUCGACGACCAAUGCAUGACGCACGAAGUGUCCAUCAUGUACGUGUUGGACUUUCCCAAGAGCUUUGGCGUCAGCUCGGAGCGUGUAAUCGCCGCCUACGUCGACCGCCUGAUCAACAUGCGCGAAGUACUCUUCAACACGCUCUUCCAAGCCAUCAAGAUAUUACCACGACACAAGUGGGUCGAUGAUCGGUCGCGCCAGCAUUGCGCCGUGUGCGAGUCCCAGUUCACAUUGGUCUGGUCACGGCAUCAUUGCCGCGCCUGUGGCGAGGUGAUUUGCCACAAUUGCAGUCGAAAGUGGUCGAUUCCGAUCCAGGACGCCGGGGAACUUCUCACGCGCCUGUGUACGCCAUGCUCGUUGCGGGCGCGAAGCCACUUGAUGCCGGCAGCCCCAGUCACUGGCCCUGCGGGAAUUGGCAUGCGCUUGUCUCGGACCCACGCGACUCUCAACUCGCUGCCACCAUCGUCGUUGGACCUGGAAGACUUUGACUACAACGAUGUAAUCCACUCGAUGCACGAUUCAGCGCUUCAUCGACCGAUGUACUCGAUGCCGUACAAGAACUCUGGCUCUGGCGCUGCGUUCCGGAACGGGUCGCGCAUAACGACCAUGUUGCAACCGUCCGCUUUGGACAAUGGCGGUCAUGUCCGCGUGGGGACCGCGAUGAGCUCAUCAUCCGAGACGGCGCACGCCGUGUCGGACGCGUGGGAAAAGAUGGUGUGCAUGCUGCAACAAGAGAAGCCCCACUUUGUCUUUGUCCAGUACUCGUGCGACCACAACACCCAAGCAAUUGUGGACACGCUCAAGAAACUUCAUCCCGACGUGGUCUUUUGCGGCCACAGCAUCGGCGUCCUCGGCCAAGACGCCGUCCUGUUCCAGGAGGAAGCCUUUGUUCGACACACGCACGUUCUAAGUCUGUGGGGGCUCUGGGACAUCGACGGCAACUAUGCGACGGCCGCCGGGUCGUUCAAGAGGCCAGGGGUCGACCCCGCGACCACAUCAGCUCCGUUGGGGAAGGAAGAAACCCGACAAGCGGUCAAGGAUGCCAUACGGAAGCUCCACCUGGGCCCGACGGAGAGUCCAGACUUUGUGUGGCUGGUCCCGAGCGAGGGGUACGAAGACGUAGUCAUCGACACCGUCAGCGCCAUGCUCGAUACGUCGCUGUCAACCGUCGGCGCGUCGGCCAGGCACAGCCGUCUGUGUGGAAUGGCCCAUGAGGCCCAUGUAUUUGAUCAGGACGACCCGAGCGUCGUACUCGCCAUGUGCUCGCCGUCUGUCCAAGUUGCCCACGCGUACUUUACAUGCUACGACCAGAACGACCGAGUGUUUACAGUCGGGAAGGCGGAUGGCAAGCGAUUGAUGCUGCUCGACAAUCAACCACCCCUCGGUCUCCUCAAAGACGGCUUGGACCGUAGCAAGCGCAAGCUCUACUUGGACUCAAAGGUCUUUCCCGCGUUUGGCCGCGUUCAGAAAAAGGAAAAGAGUCUCCAGCUCAUCGAGCCCGUUGCAAUCCAUUCGGACCUGUCUAUGACGUUGUCUGCGCCCGUGGCCCGUGGGGAUCAAGUGUGCCUCAUGUCUAUGGAUCGGAAGGCGAUCCCGAUUGAAAUCGCCGCCAGAAUACGACAAGGACGGCAAGAACUGGACGUCGUUGGAUGCCUCGUCAGCUGCAGUGCGAGCAUCGUGCAACACCUCGGCGACGACUUUGACCUGUUGCGCACAGCGGUGCAGAAUGGGUUGGGGAAGGACCCGUCGAUCGCGAUCACGGGGAGUUUGAGCAUGUGUCAGCUGGGCGUGGUGUCGGGCGCGCAUCACUUAAGUCAUUCGAACGGCAUGGUUGCGGCGCUUAUGAUCACAACGAAGCGCAAGAAAAACUGGCGUCCCCGUAUGGCGCAUCGAAAGUCAUUUUAAAGGGAGGCACGAUUCGCGCGUGUUGCCACUAACUGUUUGAGUGAGACGCGUGGGCUUUCGCUAUGAUGGAUGCCGGUAGGAAAUAUGCUGUACGAGCUGUAGGGGCAUUGCGGUGGGGUGUCGUCCUCUUGGCUGGACGAAAUGAUCAACGACUCCCGUCAAUCGAAUUCCAGCGCCAUCCUGUGCAGGAUGCAUUGUUGUGGCCAUGGUUUGGUGUGUGCCUGCAUCCUGCCUGCAAGCGAUACUCUCCCUGUGCAUGCCAUACGCUCCAUCGAUCCAUCGUCCAUCGAAGAGCGCCAUCGAACCGGACCCCAUGAUAGAUCACCGCCGACCACAAGUCCUCCGUCGCCGCAUCAUUCGCGUGGGAUGUGCGACAACGAUCCACAUGACAAGUAUACUAUCCAGCGCCAUGUACAACCAGAGACAUGUUUAAAAGCCUCUAC